AUGGCCGUCAAACCAGUACUCGCUUCUAGUCUAAUUGCAUUGGAAGAAAUUGGACUGUACGAAGAAAGAGCGAGAGAACGACUUCGAGUGGGAAGUGGAUGUGCAGCUGUUGAUGACGCACUUAGUGGAGGAGUGGUGUAUGGGCAAGAUGGCAUCUAUAACAUUAGUGGCGCCACUGGAGACCAAGCCGCCGAGACGAUAUCUCUACACCUUUUGAUCUCACAUCUCCUCGCCUCUUCCACACACACAGCAACACUCAUCGACGCAACUGGAAACCUCGAUGUCUUGAAACUGUACCGUAACCUCAUUACUCGGUUAUCGACUAGGAACAACGAUCAUGAAGCCAAUGUCAAGCAAGCAACUCUCACACUGGACAGAGUCAAGAUCAUGCGAGUAUUUGACUUUGAAGGUGUAGUCGAAGGACUGAAUGAACUAGUCGAUGAACUGGAAGAAAAAGACCUACCUCGAGGAACAGUAAUGGACAGUCAAGAAGACGCAGAAGAAAUUCUAGACCUCAGCGUACAAGCAAAGACCGAGAAGAAGCAACAAACGACAAGGCAAAAAGCAGAGGCUGGUAUGAUUCUGAUUAACAAUCUGAGUCAAGUACUGGGUCUUUUGUUGAAGAAUAACUACGUUCAAGGACAAGCAAGCAUUACAACACUCGUCCGAAGAUUGAGAAAUAUGGCACAGCAACACAAUCUCUGCGUUGUACUACUAAGCUGGAGUGUGACGUACAACAGUGAUCAAGAACGCGCUUCUAUCUUUGAAGCCAUCAAAGCAAGACCAGGGCUGGGAAAGUCGUUGGGUUACCUUGUCGAUACACAGAUCCUGGUCGAUGCUGUGCCAAGGAGAGCGCGAUCGCAAGGAAACAACAGCGAUAUGGUCAAUGUGAUAGAAGUAGUGCACAGCAGAGGCAGUCACCAAGCAGGGAAGUUCGGCAUCUUCGAUGUCACUGGCGACGGAGAGCUCAAAGCUGUAGUCUAA